AUGGGUGACUCUAAGCUGGUAGCGCACGGGUUCCGGUUUGUCAACUGGCCCGGCGGCGAGGAGGCAGCCGAGUCCUUUGGCAUCUCCCACGCAGUCGUCGUCCCCCCCAAUAUACGCGCCAUCACCGUCGGUGGCCAGCUCGGAAUUAGAGCCGACGGUACGAUCCCGGAUAAGCUGGAAGACGAGAUAGACGAAGCCUUCCAUAGUGUCGAGAUGAGCUUGAAAGCUGCGGGCUUGGGGGAGGAUGCUUGGGAGUACGUGUAUGAGAUCCAGAGUUUCGAGGUUGCAAAAGACGGAAAGGCAGUUGGGGAUACUGUUGUGGCAACAGCGAGGAAAUACUUGAAGAACACAAAGCCCGUCUGGACCGGCGUAGAAGCCAAGGCUCUUGUGUUUCCGGGCUUGCAUCUUGAGAUCACAGUCAAAGCCUUUCUUCCAAACUGA